AUGGCAGCAAGUAUUCACAGAUCGCUUCCGGCAAGUAUCAGUAUGCCUCUGGCUACCUCCAGAAACAUUAGCCUAGAAAGAAGAUGGCACGGAGAUCAAGAGGAAAUCACAAUGUCACCUGGGGGAAGCAAUACGCUGUGCCAUGGGAGCUCCGAGCCGGUCCCUACGAACGAGAACUUGGGUGAACCGUCUAGAGGAAGUGACCCAAUUACCACUGCGGAGGAGCCGAACCUAGAUAAUCCUUUCGCGUUAUUUGAAACAAUAGAAGAGCUAGACAGAGGCGUCGAGUGCUUGGCAACACAGCAUGGCCUAUUAAAAGAUGUUGACGGCCUAAAGCGCGCCGCUCGUUUUGAGAGGGAUGACAUGGAGGCCUUUGGGGACCCAGAUUUUCCUGAGAGUGAAAUAAGAGCUUUUCAAGAUGAGGAGAAGGCAACUUUUUGGCAGCAAACACGCAGCCUUCGAGCUGCUGUGAUCAUAAUUGGAGGGCUGUCGGGGGUGUGCCAGGGGUGGACACAAAGCGUUUUGAAUGGCACGAAUAUCCCUCUUGAAGUGGCAUUCGACCUCAAGGUUCACCCGGAAGAGAAAAGAAUCAGCAACCAGUUUAUAUAUGGUGCUCUCUCUGCCAGCGUUGCUCUUUCGUCAGGGGUUGUGGGGUUAUUCAUAUCCGAUCCGAUCCAAAACCACUGGCUUGGCAGACGCGGUGCGGUGGCUCUCUCCGCGGUUGUAGGAAUGGGGGCGACAAUUGGGGCAACGUGUUCGCGAACUAUUCCACAAAUAAUUGGGUGCAGAGUAUUAAUAGGAGGUUCUCUGGGAGCUAAAGCAAGUAUAAUUGCACCAUUUCUCGCGGAACUUGCACCAGUGAACAUGCGAGGAGCAGUGUUAUCUACUUGGCAAAUUGCGGAUGCAUUGGGUAUCUUUUUGGGGGACAUAGCAUGGAGAGUUCUUGAAACAUUCAACAUGUCUCCGGACAUAAGGUGGCGAUUUUUGAGCGCCACAACCUUGAUACCUACUAUCCCUCUGGCAAUAGCGUCUUAUAUGAUCCCAGAGAGCUGGAUGUUCUUAAUGAAAACAAACGAAUAUCCAAAAGCAACAGAAGCGGCUUGUCUGUAUCGAAAGCACCCUAUACAAGGCUACAGAGAUAUUAUCUCUAGUCAUUUUCAAAUGGAAGCAGAAGGGGAGUUGAUGGAAAUUCGAAAAGCAGUCAGAGAAGAGAAGACGCGCAGUCGACACAAUGACGAGGAGAGAUCGCCUGCCGGUGGUGCUGUGAUAGAUGAAAUGAGGCCACUAUCAGAACGCUUGUCAGACAGAACUCCAGGAUUAUGCCAAAUACCUCCGGGGGAAGACAACAAAUGCCAGGAGCCUGGAACUUGUCGACAUAGCUACCAUAUGAAAGAAGUACACUUCUUUCAAAGGCUGGGGCAAAUUAUCAAAGAUUCACGCUGCCGUCAUGCCCUUAUUUCCAGCAGUACGGUGAUGCUAACGCAAGCACUCUGUGGCAUCAAUGCAUUUGCAUUCUUCUCCUCUUCGCUCUUGAAUGCCGGUCUUACCUCUGUUGAUUCACUGACGCUGGCUCUCUGUUUUGGCGGCGUAAGCUUUGGAUUUGGUCUUCUCACCCCAUUUUUGUCCGAUCGACUUGGUAGAACUACCUUGUUGCUGAUUGGGUUGCCCGCGAUGGCGAUUUUCAUGUUUAUAUUGGCUUCGCUUUUUGAGUUGGAAAAUUCGGCAAGAACACCCGCUAUUGUCGUUUUCACAAUGCUGUUUACAGCAGUGUACUCCUUUACGUUAGGGCCAGCGGCAUUCAGUCUCUCGGCUGAGUCCUUUCCAAGCACGGUGCGGGAGGCUGGAAUGGCAAUUUGCGUUUUCAUAAAUAUGACUUCCCUCGGAAUUCAGCUCUUGAUAUACCCCUUUAUCACGGCACCAAUAGGCUUCACAGCUAGCCUUUGCAUAUAUGGAUGUGUCGAUAUACUGGGGUUUAUUGCAUGCUUCCUAUUUUGUGUUGAUACCAAAGACCGCACGCUGGAACAGCUACAAUUUAGCUUUGACCUGCCAUUGUCAGUUCAUUGUGAAUAUCGUUUGUUUUACGUGCUCCCAGAAGUAACAAGAAACUGUGUCAGCUUCCUGACUUCGUGGACACGGGGCAAGAAGGGGCAGGGGGGGAUGUUAGAUUCCACAAGUCUGGAUAGUAGCACAGAGUCAGAAUGGGGGCUUAUUCCAUUCUAUAGGUGGGCAAGAAUCCAGGAUCCGUAUAGGCCAUCAGUGUAUAAACAACUCCUCGAUGUUUGUCGAAAGGUGGUUCCUAUUCGGCAAAGUCGAAAAGCGGAGAGUAUGAAAGAAGAGGCAUCGACUCCAUCUAACUCUGACAGCCGUAUCCCAGGCCUAUGA